GCCGUCGCCGCCGCUCCUCCGCCCCGGCCUGGCCAUGCUGGACUUCGCCAUCUUCGCCGUCACUUUCCUGCUCAUCCUUGUGGGCGCCGUGCUCUACCUGUACCCGGCAUCUAGGCAAGCAUCAGGUAUCCCUGGGCUGGCUCCAACUGAUGAAAAGGAUGGCAACCUGCCAGAUAUCAUUGUCAGCAGCAGUUUACAUGAGUUUCUUGUGAACCUUCAUGAGAAAUAUGGGCCACUGGUCUCCUUCUGGUUUGGAAGACGUCUUGUUGUCAGCCUCGGCUCCAUUGAUCUCCUGAAACAACAUGUUAACCCCAACCGGUUGUUGGAUCCCUUUGAGACAAUGCUGAAAUCCCUCUUAAGGUACCAGUCCAGCCUGAAUGGGGAUACAGGAGAGAGCCACAUGAGGAGAAAACUGUAUGAGAACAGUGUGACCAAGUCCUUGCAAAGUAACUUUGCUCUCAUCCAGAAGCUGUCAGAAGAGCUGCUGGCCAAAUGGCUGUCUCUCCCUGAGGCACAACAUGUGCCACUCUGCCAGCACAUGCUGGGCUUUGCCAUGAAGUCUGUCACACAGACAGCUAUGGGCAGCAGCUUUGAAGAUGACCGGGAAGUCAUCCGAUUCCGCAGGCACCAUGAUGCAAUCUGGUCAGAGAUUGGGAAAGGUUUCUUGGAUGGGUCUCUUGACAAAAACAUGACUAGGAAGAAGCACUAUGAAGAUGCUCUGGUGGAGAUGGAAUCCAUCAUAAGGAAGGUAACAAAGGAGCGCCGAGGCAGAUCAUUCAACAGGCAUGUCUUUAUAGACACCUUGCUGCAGGGGAGCCUGAGUGACCAGCAGAUUCUGGAAGAUACAAUGAUUUUCUCUUUGGCAGGAUGUGUAAUCACUGCUAACUUGUGUACCUGGGCAGUCUAUUUCCUGACAACCUCAGAAGAAGUUCAGCAGAAUCUCUACAAGGAGAUGGACCGUGUUCUGGGGAAGGGACCAAUUACACAUGAGAAAAUUGAGCAGCUCAGGUACUGUCGGCAAGUCCUGUGUGAGACAGUGCGGACAGCAAAGCUCACUCCCAUUGCUGCACAGCUGCAGGAGCUGGAGGGCAGAGUCGACCAACAUACUGUCCCCAAAGAGACACUUGUGCUUUAUGCUCUUGGUGUGAUGCUGCAGGAUAGUUCAUCUUGGCCAUCACCAUACAAGUUUGACCCAGGCAGAUUCAAUGAGGAAUUAGCCAUGAAAAACCUCUCCUUACUGGGUUUCUCAGGAAGCCAGGAGUGCCCAGAGUUGAGGUUUGCCUAUAUGGUGGCCACGGUUCUGCUGAGUGUCCUGGUAAGGAAACUGUAUCUCCACCCAGUGAAAGGACAAGUCAUGGAGGCAAAAUAUGAACUGGUAACCUCACCAAAGGAGGAAGCCUGGAUAACAGUGUCUAAGAGAAGCUAAGAGCAAGCAAAACAAGGGGUUAAAAGUGCCAGCAGUGAAGUUCUGAGCAAGGGUCUUAACAAGAAUUGUACUGGCACCAUGUUUACUCGGCCAAGGAAUUUUAUAUCCAGAUUUUUUUACUUUCCAUAUUCUUAACCUCAUGCCUAUCUUGAGUACUUUCUAUAAUUCAACCAGUAGUCAUAUUAAAGUAGAUUUAAUUGA